AUGGCGGCCGUUAGUCUCGCGAGGUGCGAGAACAAAAUGGCUGCCGUGGUAAUAUGGGGACUCGCGGUUAUGGAGCCGAUAGCUGGCGGCAGUAAAGGGGAAGAUAAGGGGAGCCAUCAGAUGGCGGACGAAAGGGAGGUGAAAUCCCCUGAGGGAAAGAGGUUUCGGCUGGAAAUAAAAAACAGCUGGGAAAAACGGGUCCGUCCGGGGCGGGAGAGAUAG